AUGUCAUCUGAUAGAAAUGGGAGGCUUGUUUAUCGUGCUGGAUCAAAAAAGGGUCCAAUAUUUGACGACGACGUAAACAGAGAUGAGGGUAAGUAAGUAUUUUGUAAAAAACCAUCUACUUUAAUGAAGUUUUGUCAUUAUAUCUAUGAACUUCAUCCAUUCCUCAGGGUUUGAGCUAGGAUUUGAUCACUGGGGGACAAUUUGUCCCCUUGGCUAAAAUUUUGGGGGACAUUUUCAUUUUUAGGGGGACAGAAAUUUGUACACCCUUCCUUCUUAGCAGGGCUUCUGAUAGGUCUCGGACGAAAAAGUCAAAUUUCGCGGGAUUUUUAGGGACAAAUUCGCGGAAAAAUCGGCCGAUUUCGCGGGAGUUUUCGGGGCAAACUUCACCGAAAAGCAAUCGGUAAAAAACGGCCGAUUUUGUGGUUAUUUUCAAGGCAAAUUUCGCUAGAAAUCGAUCGGUUUUGCGCUGAUCAGACCAGCCUUUUUAACGUUUUUCUAACAGAGGUCAUCAUUUGCUCUUUCAACAACAAUACGCUCCAGAAAUGAACCAAUGGCAAAGCCUUUAACAUGAUGGCUAGUGCCCAGUUUUUCGCAACCUAAUCUGUUUGCAGGUUUCAGUGACGAAGUUCCAAGAUAAAUUUGCAAGUUUACGGCAAGUAAAUAUCCCCUAUAGCUGAAAUAAAUUUCAAAUAAUGUUGUACAGACAUGUAUUUGAUAAGAUUUCUACCAAAUUUCGCGGUAUUUUUCGUGUUUUUGUGAAUUCCGCGGCUCCACGACCGCGCGAAAAAUCAGAAGCCCUGUCUUAGAUUUCCGACAAUAAUAGCAGUAGAGCGUGACUGAAACGUAACUUUGGAAUGAACUUUAAAGGUGCGAUAAAAUAUACUUUCCACGUUCUGUUUCAGCUUGCAACGUCUGUACCGAAAUAAAUCUCUUCGUGUGUGCUUCUUUUCGAGUUUUUUCCCUAAAUGUUGAAGAGGACAAAUUGUCCCCUUGGCCGUUUUUUAAAGGGACAAUCCCAAUUGCAGUGCGGGAUUGGCGCAAUGGCGCGGCCUGGCUCAAACCCUGAUUCCUACACCCUGAAUUAAAAUAUAAACUUAAAUUUCCCGCCCGUUCAUGGUCCUUUCUAGUUUAUUUCCCAUGCCGUCAUAAGUCAUUUGCCAAAAAUAACUUUUUUUCUCUCAGUUUUUAUGGUUAGUCUUUAGUGACAAAACAUAUAUGGUAAGGGUUGAACCUGCUGUCUUUUCCAUUCUUUUCUCUGCGUUUUUAUGUCAUAUGUGCAGCUCUUAGUAACAUCAUACGUCAUCAUCAUACGUAACAUCCAUGCUUCUUCUUUAUUUCCCAAUUAUACGUAUACGUAAGAUGAGUGGACCGCAUUUGUUGGAACAGCAUUUUUCCAAAAAUCUAAUUCUAUGAUCUUAGGCUAUUCUCUAUGCAAAACUAAACGAAUUUGGGUCAUAAAAUAAAGUCUCUUUUCUCAAGCAGGGUAGCGAAAUGAGCUGAAGUUUUACCUUAAACAGGGUCAGGGUAUGAGGGCCUCGACGGCACACGUCUAUACUUAACAGCUUCCCUUAACCAGAUAAUUUCACGAGCGACUUAAUCUCCCCUCUCCCUUCAGGGUGGCAAAGGGAGUACCUGUCAUGCAUCACGCCGAUUUUAUCACGUAUCACAGAAAAAUAAAGUAAAAUAUCAUCAUUUGAUCUGAGGAAAUCAGAGGUCGAGGAACGAGAAAAAGGGCAAGAAGUUGGUGUCAUAACUAUCUAUUUUUAUGUCUCUGCUUCUAGUUCAAAACGAUAUUAACCAUCACGGAAAUUUCAAGGGAAGUUAUGCGUCACGCAUUGUGAAAAUAGUUAGUCACGCAUCACGCUACUUUCCCAAUCACGCCUCAACGCGACUAAUUUGGGCCCGAUCACCCAUCGCGCUGAUAAUUUGGGUCCCAUCACACGUUACGGAAAACCUCUUUGCCACUCUGCCCCUUGAAACUCCAAGGAGGUAUUAUUAAUUUUAUCUUGUUUCCAGUAUGGCUAGUCACGAAUCGGAAAUUGUACUAUCCGCUUCACCCAGACUACUACCAAGAAAGACGACAAACAACUGGAACAAAACCGGAUGUUUUUUUAUGGCAAACUGAGAUUACUAACUCAGAUAACUUAGUCGUCGAAGAUCAUCCGAAGUUUCGGGGAGUUUGCGUGAUUCAAUUAAACGAGGUAGUUGAAAAGUAACUGUGUUAAGUUCAGUUAGAUGCAAAGUAUCCAUGACGUUCUCUAAUAAAGAAGUGGCUUAUGGAGCUACAACCAGUUGCAAAAUGUUGUUGUUGAGACAGUCGGACGAAAAAACGAUCUUUCUUCCUUCAAAUCGCUGCUGGUCACAGGUUUGUGAUAUAUAAUACUGACCUCCCCCCUCCCUUCCAUUCAAAUUUGUUCCUCCAAGUGUUGAGCAUGGUCUUGUAUUGCUAGCAACUUUGUUAAGGGGCGGAGGGGGGAUCAAAAGCGCAAGAGUGGAGAGGCCAUUCAAGGCAAAUAACAGUACAAUGUCUCAAGUACUUUUGCAACUGGUCGUAACUGUCAGGCGAGGAGUUUGUUUUUCCAGUGAAUUCAACUUGACUCCUAAUUUGUUUUUUACCAGGAAUCAACUGAUAUGGGUUAUAUUAUAUGAUGUACAUAAAAGUUUCAGAGAACGUGAUUUUUUUUUCUCGCGUUUCCACAGUUGCUCGAAACCGUUGCUCUUACAAACUGAAUUGGGUCAUAAAUGUCAACAUGGCUUUUUGCUUUCCUGGAAAUUGCAUUAGUUUUACCUUCAGUGGACAUGCACGUUAAUUUUAGUUCCUUGGCGCUGUUCUGAUAAAACAUAAGAAAGAAACUGCUUCGUUUUCUUCAAAGUAUUAAAUUAUAAUUCUUCAUUCCUGUAGUAGAAAAAAAAAAUCUAUGAGCAGUUAUUUGACUUAAAGUCUGGAAAAGACUAGGAUUGAAACCAAGAGAGGACGAAGGACCUUUAUUCUCUCUUGAUUGGAACCUUCUCCUCGUCUUAAUAAGGUGUAGACUUUUUGGGUGUUAAAUUGAAACCUAGAUGUACAGUAUACAAAAAACCUUCUGUGCUUUGUAAUCACAGGCUGCCAAGAGUUCCACACGCUCAAGAGGACAAGAAACAAGAAAAAUAAUUAUUGACCAAUUGAGCUCUUUACCCUGGGUUAAAUCAGAACCCUUUCGAUGCCAAGGAGGAAUGUCACUGAUAAGCUUUAGUAUGCUGGUGCACGCCAUUAAUGUCUACUUGAAUGACAACUAUCCAGAAAGCCCCCAAAACUUUAAUUUCCAGGCAGAACUGAAGGCUGCAAGCCACUGGCAUUGGUUGGAUGACGGAGAAUGGUGUCUUGAACUUGGUCCUCAUGAUGAUCGUCGCGUAAAAUUUGCUGCGAAACAGACAUUUGAUAAAUGGGCAGAAGAACUGAAUAAAGAGAGGGAACAGCCGUCCCAAAAACCUGGAGUAGACAGCCGCUCUUCGGGUAGAGACGAAAGAGUGUCAGGUAAACGAGCGGGGACAUGUUCUCCUCGGUCAUCUUCAGGAAUUUUGUAAACUCACGAAAUUUCUCUUUCGAAGGCAAUGCUGCUUUUUGCGAUCCAGGCUCUUCCAUUUUAAGGCACCCGCUUCCAACCACAUCUUGUUGAUAAGUUUAACGUUUAGUAAACAUUUUUUUCUGUUGCUGGUUGCCGUUCCUUGGAUUAAGGUUGUCAGAGACUUUGCCACCUAAAACUAUACAUCAGACACUUUUCAGUGACACAAUGUUUAGUUGAAUAUGCUACGGUGCUCUUUUUGGCGAUGCUAUUUUUACUACUCCCAUACUAAUUUGUUACUAAUUUUCGAAAAUACUUUUUCUUGAUAAAUUUCUUUUUAAAACUUGACAUUAUCAGGAUUGUUAAUUUUUUUUACCCAGGUCGAUGUUUAUGGCCUUGAACUUUAAAGGUUACUGAAAACUUGUAAGGCAAUAAAAUAGCCUCCAAUUUGCUAUUUUUUGUUGCAAGUUAGUAUCUUGGGAUUUUUUUUUUUUCUGCUUCCUCUUUUCAUUACAUUGUGACGACUUCAACCAGGGCCACCUAGGGACUUUCAGUCAAUCAAAAACCGCUCCUUUAACAAAGAAUUGGGCGUGCGGACCUCAACAAGAACUGUCCUAUUCUUCGAUUGGUUAGUUUCAAUCCUAAAUUUCGCCUUUUAGAAUGGCUCACUCCUAGCGUGAGCCAAUCAGAGACCAAGAAUCUUGUUUUCUUUUUUCCUCGUGAUCAAAUUUAAAUUUUUACUUGUUAACGUGCGUUGCCUUUUUUAAGGUGAAAGUCCGUAAGUCGAGAAAGUUGGAUGCCCCUGAUGCAUAUUUUCUUAAACUAGACAAUUACGAUUUACUUUUAAAAAUAAUUUCCCAGUUUUACUUCGAUAUUUUCUUAAGACACCUUUUGAUGCACAGCGAGUGCAAAUAUCAUAAAUGCCCCUCCCUGUAAGGAUGCCAGCUUUUCCUAAGCUCAACCCUUUUGCAUGCAUGAAGACAGUGACCCACCCCAGCAUUUUUUCAGCCGACCCCAACUUGUACUUUUAGGAUCAGUCCCUAAGUGUAUACGACACACCGUUCUAAACCGCGAAAAAUUUAGGAUGGAAACUAACCAAUCGAGUUCCCGAUGAGGUCUGCACGCCCUAUUCUUUGUUUAAGGAGCGGUUUUUGAUUGGCUGAAAGUCCUUAGGUGUCCCCGGUUGAAGGCGUUACACUGUAAUAUUUGCCCUUUUUUCAGUUUUUUUUUUAAUAAACUGAAGUGAUUACGAAUUAAAUUGUUCAUUUUCUUUCUUCCUGAAGAUCUUGAGGAAGGAAUUUUUUCCUUGAUGACGUAUUAUGACUUUGAGAUGGAAAACGAAUCAGCAACUACGUCUCAGUCUACUGUUAAAGGGAAAACGUUGUGAGGACUUGAUGCCGUUAUAUUCGGCACUAUGGUAAGAAAAGUCUUGAUAAGCUUUAGUUACAUGUAACAUUAAUAUUGUCCUUAAAGUUGGUCUCUUUCAUCAUCCUCAUGUUUUUUUCUUGCCACUUGCAAAUAUUAAUUUUCAGGUACCAACUGCACUCCUUCCCUGACCUCUAUAUCUAGAAAAGGCUUUAUAAAGUGAGGCAAUGUAAACGUGGUAUAGUAAUUAAUUACAAGCCACGCCGCGAAAUAAAAGCUCAAUAGGUGAGGCAAGUGCGGACUCCCCGGAAACCCUUUUCUACUUUCCAUAGCCUUAAUUUUUGUUUUAACGUGUAGGUUCAACUUCCUCUAAAAUUACAGAAAAUGCCAUACGCCAAGAAGUUGAUCUCAAGAUUGGCAGAAACACAGAACAAAAGAGGUGAGCCAAGCCAGUAAUAAGCAUUAUGGCCGACAUGGACCAUCUGUAUUGAGUUAUAAGCAGAAAAUCAUCUUUUUAUUUCAAUUCGAGGCCCAAAAACCUUCUCAUCAAAAAGCCCACCAAGCUCUCUAUUGCCAGCACUAGCUGCACGUCAUUUAAACUGCUAUUAAUAGUUUGAAAAAGGUAACGGACUUAAGUUGCUUUGCUACCGUCUCGAUCUUGGACGAAGACAUCGGGAAGAGCAAAAAGUGUUAGUCUGUAUUGCUUAACGGACCGGUCAUAAAUUAGAGGAGGG